UAUUUCUUGCACACACGGGGAAAUCGAGACCAUGACCAAUGCUUUCGAAACAAAAAAGGCUCAGUUUGAAGAAUGGCUGAAAACGCAGCCGCUUUCGAUUGAAGUUGGUGUGACAUCCGCGUCGAGUGCUCUUCAAGGUGGUGUCCUUGGUUACACCCUCGGUUUGGUAAAUCAGAGUCUUGAGAAGCAGGCAGCGAGCAUCCCGAAUAGACCUUCCCCAUUGGCAACAGGAUCAUUCUCAGGCCCUCCCAAGGUGCUGGCCUUGAAUCUUGCCAUUUUCACGGCAGUACAAGGUGGACUUACCCUUGCUGUAAAAAGGUUUCGCGGGGUAGAUGACAUUCAGACAAACAUGAUCGGGAUGCUUGGAGCUGGUGCUGCACUUUCACUUACUACGAAUUUAUCUGGCGGAGGUGUAGGGUCUGCUCCUGGACAUGUGAAGUCAACCAAGCCGCAAGAUUAUCUCACAGAUGCACUGCGCACCGGAGUUCUUUUCGCUGUGCUUAAUGGCGCUUUCAUGAAGGCGGGUCAGUGGUUUACUGGCACAAACGCUUCACAAGACAUUUAUUAUUACCAUACGAAUUGCAUGCUCACUUCACUAGGGCUCGAAAAGUAUGAAAAAAAUUUCAGAAAAGGCAUGUUGAUGGAUGACUGUCUGACUCUUUUAUCUGACAGUGCACUCAAGGAGGUCAGAAUCCCUCCGGGUCCUCGACUCAGGAUCCUUCAUUACAUCUCUGCAAGAAAGAGGCAGGAUGCAACACAUGGGCAUCAAGAAUUUGACAAAGACGUCAGGGUUUUGCGUGUUUGAAGUUGUACUUUUAGUAUGUUUCAUGAACUUUGUCUUCUUCAUCGUGAGCAGAGGCGACUACUUAAACGAUGAAUAUGCCAGACAUUCAUGUUUUUAAUGUUAUUCAAAUUUGUUAACAAGAAAGC